AUGAAUAUCUCAAAAUCAAAAAAUUCUGUUCCAUAGGAUAAAACUAUCAAAAUUCCUUAACCAGACAUACUUUCAAUGCCCAUUCAACCUUUAAGAAUUGAGAUGCUUUUAAAUCAAAAAAAUAAAUUAGAAACUCAAUAAUCAACCAAAACUUUAGAUAUCAUGAAAUAAAUUAAUUAAAGUAGCACAGGGAAUCUGAGACUUGAUACAUCAAUAAAUAAAUCCAAAGAACAAAUAUUAAGAAAAACUCCAACUAAAACUACUGCUAGUUUUCAUUAUGAUAAAACUCCUGAUAAUUCACAAAAUAAUUAAUCAUAUAGUCCUCAUACUCAUGCUUGCUUAAAACCAUAACUAAGAUAAUCAGAAGAUUAAUUAAAUGUUAAAAAUGUCUCUUAGUAAAAAUCCAACAUUCUUAAAGAAUAAUGCGAAAAAAUUGAAUAACUAAAUAUAUUAUUGAGAGAAUCAAAAUAAUAAAUAUCAUAAAAAGAAUAAGAAAAUCAAAAAUUGUAAGAAGCUAAUAUACGUUUAAAUUCAGAUAAUCAAAAAUUAUAUUCUUAAAAUGAAGAAAUGUUAAAAGAUCUUGAAUUUAUUAGAACUAAUUUUGAAUAGUAAAAUAAAGAUUUUAAUAACUUAAAAUAACAAAAUUUAUCAUUAUUAGAAGAUAUGAAAUAAUUAAAAAGCGAAAGAAAUAAAGUUAUUAAUCAAAAUAACAAUGAGUAACUUUUAAAUUAAAAAAAUAAAGAAAUCUCUUAAUUAUAAAAUGAAUUAAAUGAGCUUAGAUAACUUUUAUUAGCUAAGGAUUAGUCUAUUUAACAUUUGUAAUAAUAAUUUGAAAAUUUAGAAUUAUAAUAGUAUGAAAUUAUGAAUAAGUUGGAAUCAAAAUAAGAAGAAUUGUCAACUUUAAAAUAAUAGUAAUAAUUGAAUAUUCUAAAUCAAAAAAAAAGUAACUAAUUUGAAUCCUUAUCAAGAAGAUCAUCAGUACAAAAUGAAGUCUUAUUUUAUCAAGCCUAAUUGGAAUAAUUACAAAAGGAGAAAGACAUAUGUGAAUAAAAAUUAGUAGAAAUGUAAACAGUUAUAAAUUAAUUCUUAUUAAAAGAAAAAAAAGUUAACUAACCAUCAAACAAUUCACUUGUCUAACAGAAAGAAUUUAAUAAAAUGAAAUAAAUAAUUUAAAUUUAAAAAAGGCAAAUUGAAUCUUAAUAAAAAACUAUUAUGAAUUAACACUAUGAAAUCUAAAAUUUGUAGACUUUAUUGUAUUGUACUACUGAAUAAGACAUUUAAUUCAAUAAAAAGACAUUUGAUUCUAGUGAUCCAGAUAAAUUUUCACUUUAAUCUGCAGGCAUGUAAACAGCAUUUUUAUAUCAAUAGAUAUCAUUUAUAAGACAAAGAAAAUGAAAGAAAAGAUUUUAGCGAUAAUUUAGGAAUUCAUCAUAUUACCUUUUAACAGCAAUAAGGUUCGAAAUUUAUAAUGGAAGAUACUUUUAGAAAUUUAGAUAAUGAAUUAAAUUCCCAUAAUACUUAAACUGAUUGA